UUGUUUGCCUAAAAAAAUUGGGAUCUCAGAUGUGCAUAUUCGAUACUCAGAAAAAAGCACAUAGUUAAUUGUGAUAAUCUCAUUCCUCUCCAACAAAACCCUAAUUCUUGACUUUCGGAACAGUAAUCAAUCCCAAUCUUAGAGCUUCGAAUUCAUGGCGUCUCGUAGGCGCAUGCUUCUCAAGGUCAUAAUUCUCGGUGACAGCGGGGUUGGAAAGACAUCUCUGAUGAAUCAAUAUGUGAAUCGUAAGUUCAGUAAUCAAUACAAAGCUACCAUUGGGGCUGACUUCUUGACUAAAGAAGUCCAGUAUGAAGAUAGGCUUUUCACGUUGCAGAUAUGGGAUACAGCUGGACAGGAAAGAUUUCAAAGCCUUGGUGUAGCUUUUUACCGCGGUGCAGAUUGCUGUGUACUUGUGCAUGAUGUGAAUGUCAUGAAAUCAUUUGAUAACCUCAACAACUGGCGGGAGGAAUUUCUGAUUCAGGCCAGCCCUUCUGACCCUGAAAACUUCCCAUUUGUUGUAUUGGGAAACAAGGUAGAUAUUGAUGGUGGUAACAGCCGAGUGGUGUCUGAGAAGAAGGCGAGAGCAUGGUGUGCGUCAAAGGGAAAUAUUCCUUACUUUGAAACUUCUGCAAAAGAAGGUUUCAAUGUAGAAGCUGCUUUCCAGUGCAUAGCCCAAAAUGCUCUCAAAAAUGAACCUGAGGAAGAGAUAUAUCUUCCUGAUACCAUUGAUGUCGCUGGUGGACGGCAACAAAGAUCUUCAGGCUGUGAAUGUUAGAGCAUUUGUCGGCAUAUGGGGAUAAGACUACUGUCUGUUUCACCUUCAUUCAGCUUGUACUGAUGAUUAAAGCAAUUUAAAGAUGUUUAUAUGUAAUGUACACCUCAGGUGGUCACCGGCAGAAAGCUGAUGUACCAUUUCUUCUCUUCACAAGAUAUCUAAUGUUUCUAUAGUCGGAUUACUAGAUUGUGCAGCACUUCAAUCUACUCAGUUGGUUUUAUUAAGCAUUUAGAAAGCAUAACUUUUUAUUACGUUAUAAUAA